ACUUCCAUGUAGGAUUUGAGAUCGUUCCAUUCGGCAUGCUUCGCCGACGAAUCCUCCCACUGGCCGUGUUCCUAGCUCGGCGGACGCACACCAAACCUCGAGCGGGCGCUCCUACUCCUGAGGAAUACAAGCAGUAUAGACUUGACUCACUGCAGCAGCUCAAUGUAUCUCCAUAUCCUCGCUUUCGAGUCUCUCCUUCUCUCUUGUCUUGUGGUGAAUUCAACGCCAAAUUCCACGAGCAGUUUGAAAAAGGAGAAUGGAAGCGAGAAGAACAUUAUGUCCUAACUGGAAGAGUCACCUCACGGCGCGAUGCUUCUCGGAAACUCGUUUUUCUCGACAUUCAACGUGGAUCGGACCGCACGCAAAUAAUUGUGAAAAAGAACGAGUACGAGAGUGAGGAUGGCUACAAGAGCAUCGUUGCAAGUGUCAGAGAAGGUGAUAUUGUAGAGGCCGCUGGAUAUCCGGGCAGAUCUCCAGCCGGCGAACUGUCUCUCGUCGCUCGAUCGCUGACACUCCUUGCACCCUGUUUGCAUCGAAUACCUAAAGGACAAGGCCUAUUGGAUCCUGAAACACGGUUUCGAGCCCGGUACCUGGACCUGAUUGCCAACAAUGAGACGAUUCACAUUUUUAGGAAGCGAGCUGAGGCCGUACAAUACAUUCGCAACUAUCUUGUUUCCAGAGGUUUUCUGGAAGUGGAGACCCCAAUAUUAGGCGCUCAAGCUGGAGGUGCCAACGCAAGGCCUUUUAAAACUACGAGCAAUGCUCUAGGCUUGGACAUGUUCUUGCGGGUUGCUCCAGAGCUGUACCUGAAGCAACUGGUAAUUGGCGGAAUUGACAAAGUCUUUGAAAUGGGGAAGCAGUUUCGAAACGAAGGCAUCGAUACGACCCACAACCCUGAGUUUACAACCUGCGAAUUUUACCAAGCGUAUACAGAUCUGGAGAGCGUUAUGGAUAUGACGGAGGAUCUUUUGCGAGGACUCGUGUUUACACUGCAAGGGACGUAUCAAAUACCAUAUACUGUACAUGGUCCUAAUGGUGAAAUGCAAACGAUUGAAAUUGAUUUCGAAAAGCCUUUUAAGCGUGUGGACGUGCUGGAAGCACUCGAACGGUCGUUUGGCAAAGUCCCCGACCUAGAGGAUCCCGCAUCCACUGCCGCUCUGUUAACUAUCUGCAAAACCCACAAUAUCCGCGUAUCACAGCCGCAUACCGUCGCCCGCAUCCUCGACAAAAUGAUCUCUACGUCAAUUGAACCCAACUGCACACAACCCACAUUUCUCCUCAACCACCCCGUCGCUCUCUCUCCCUUAGCCAAGCGCUCCUCACCAACGAGUCCCACCACCUCCCGCUUCGAGUUAUUUAUCGCUUCGAAGGAAUUAGUGAACGCCUACGAGGAAUUGAACGAACCAUCGGAACAACGUCAAAGAUUUAUGGAGCAAGCUCGGGAUCGGGAGGUGGGGGAUUUAGAAGCUCAGGUGGCCGAUGAAGGAUUUUGCGAAGCACUUGAAUAUGGAUUGCCUCCCACGACUGGAUGGGGUUUGGGCGUCGAUCGGCUUUGCAUGCUUUUGGUGGGCGUGAGACGGAUUAGGGAGGUGAUUGCGUUUCCAAUUUUGGGCCAUGGUGAAAAAAAUGCAUAAGCUCCAUAUAUAACAUCAUCUAGUUGAGGCUAUUUAUAAGAGAUACAAGGGAAGCACAGUGUUGAUCAUCCUUUCAAAACCCUGUCCAACUUUUUCGAUACUCC